AUGACUACGCCAGAGCCACAAGAAUCCCACGCUGCGGCAAAGAAUCGCACUCAUCGCCGGCGUUCCAGCGUUUCGGAAGCGCAUCAGAUUUAUUUGCAGUAUCAUCGUGAAGCUCAUCACGAUGACGGCAGCGACUCGCGCAAAGCGACGCAGAUCUCUACUGACGGAAGCACCAACAAAGCCCCCAAGCGCCACGACAGCACCGAAAGCCGUGAUCACAAGCCGGUCACUAGCUUUCCAAUGUUCCACCGGGUCCAGAAAACCGGCGUUAUUUACGCGACCUCGCGGGCCGCAGCCCGCGGCUUUCAAGGAGACGGUGACCCGUCGUCGGAGUGGGCCAACAUGGGUCAGGGUGCUCCAGAAACAGGUCCUUUGCCAAACGCCCCGUCGCGGAAUUUCACCAUGCACAUCCCGGACGCCGAGCUCGAAUACGCGCCCGUGACGGGACUCACGCCGCUGCGCGAAAAGGUAGCCGACUACUAUAACUUUUUGUACCGCCAGGGGAAACAGUCGCAGUAUACGGCAGAGAAUGUGUGCAUCGUACCGGGAGGUCGAGCUGGCAUUACGCGUAUCAUGGCGGUGCUGGGAACGGUUCAGGUUGGGUAUUUCACCCCUGAUUACACAGCCUACGAGCAAGCCUUGGGUCUCUUUUUGCGGGUUUCGCCGAGUCCUUUGCUUCACCGGGAUGUGACCGAGGCUUGCAUGUCUCCAGAGGAAUUUGACUUUCAGUGCGGUGGGCGGGGAUGUGGUGCCAUUUUGAUGUCCAAUCCGGCCAAUCCCACUGGACAGUCUAUUGAGGGAGACGACUUGCGCCGCUAUGUGCAGACGGCGCGGGAUCACCAGACGGCCAUUAUCAUGGACGAGUUCUAUUCGUACGUUAUUUCUCUCGUUCUGGCUUGCGCAACCGAAGCUGGUUGUCUACCGGGUACUCACGAAGAUUUUUUGUUCGAAAAUGCCAUUAGUCACUAUUACUAUGACGGCCCAGAUCAGCCAUUGGACGGUAAUACGAAUGAUCUGCACAGCUGGCCCAAGACCGUGAGCAGCGCCGCCUAUGUGGACGAUGUCGACGAAGAUCCGAUUCUCAUUGUCAAUGGAUUGACCAAAAACUGGCGUUGCCCAGGUUUUCGAGUUUGCUGGAUUGUCGCUCCUAAACCAAUUGUGAAAAUGCUAGGAUCGGCCGGGAGCUACUUGGACGGUGGAGCAAAUGCUCCGUUACAGCGAUUGGCCUUGCCCCUUAUGGAGUUGGCAUUCAUUCGUCGGGACGCAAUUGCACUCCAACAGCACUUUCGACAGAAACGGGACUUUUUGCUACGCAAACUCGAGGAACUCGGAAUCAAAGUCAAAUUCAAGCCGACGUCGACUUUCUACGUAUGGGCCGAUUUAUCAGGUCUGCCGCCGCCGUUGAACGAUUGUCUCGUUUUUUUAGAGGAAUGUACCAAGCACAAGUGCAUAUGUGUCCCGGGUGUGUUUUUCGAUAUCAAUCCGAGAGGGAUUCGGAACAUUCGCAUGAGCAAGUGCCUGCAUCACGUACGUUUCAGCUACGGUCCGCCUAUGGAAAAUCUUACCAAGGGAAUGGAGUUGAUUUGCCAAAUGAUUCAGUAUUGGAAAAAGUGUCCCGAGCCGCCUGACGCGUACGCGACCGAGUCGUUUGGGGAGUGA